ACUUUGAACCCAAAUAGAGACAAUACUGAUUACGUUAUUCUGAACCGUUGGGCAGCUCAUAAUCAAGAUAUUAAACUUGGCGAAAUAGUAUCCCUCACGUCGCCAAAACAUCCGGAGCAAACUUUGAUUAAACGUGUUGUAGGAAUUGCCGGUGAUAUUAUACAUACGCAUGGAUAUAAGUUAGAAGUAUUGCAGGUACCGGAAGGUCAUUGUUGGGUAGAAGGAGAUAAUAUUAACCGCUCUACGGAUUCUAAUAUUUUUGGACCAGUUUCUAUCGGUUUAAUAACUGCUAAAGCUACUCAUAUAAUAUGGCCACUUAGUAGAUUGCAAUGCCUUCAUCCUUCCAUGUUAAAUCAUAGAUUCCCGUUAAAUGUAUCAAAAGCACCAGCUGGAUAAAAUUUAGUUUAACAAUGAGGGCCGUCAGUUUUGUUAAAAGACUGCAAUGGGAUUUACCUGGCACAGUAUGCAGACAUGGAUUAACGAUAGGAGAUGUUGAUAAUGACGGUGAUAAUGAAUUAG